AAAAUGGCUGUGGCAAUAGUCAUCCUAAACAUACUUUUCCCUUUAUAUUCCAGGAAAAUUGAUCCUCGCCCACUUCAUGAAUCAUCAAUCACCAACAUCAAUCAUCAUCAUCUCUUUUCAGUCUUAGCUGCAAAAGGAAAUUGUCCUGUUUACCUUCUCUCCAUUAGACUUGGGAAUUGAUUUCAAUUUUGUCUUUCUACAAAAUUUUAAGAGCGUGCACUGGAGGAGAUUGGGACAGAGAGGCAGACAAAUGAAUGUCGUUUCCAGUGAGAUGCCAUUUUGCUUAUCGUUAGCUAACCUUGAGUUCUGUUUCCUUUUAAAUCGAGAAGGUGGUAUUCCAGCUGCUGAUAUCUGUUGUUAGGGGAAGGUUUAUUUACUGCCAUGCCUUCUCUGCAAUUGUUGCAACUAACUGAGCAUGGUCGAAGCCUCUUGGCUUCAAGAAGGAAAUCUCUACUGCUUGCUGCCGGUAUCUUGGUGGUUGGUGGGACUACUGCAUAUGUGAAGUCACGGAACAGCUCUAAAAAGUUUGAUUCUUUUGGUCAUUACAAUGGGCUUAGAGAAGAUAAUGACGAUUCGGACGAGCGGGUUACGAAAGAAGUUAAGAAAACUAUUAAAAAGAAAGGAAGUUUGAAAUCACUCCAUGUUCUAGCUUCUGUUCUUUUGUCUGAGAUGGGCAAAAGGGGAACAAGCGACCUUUUUGCUAUGAUAGCCAUAGCAGUGAUGAGAACUGCUUUGAGCAAUAGAUUAGCAAAAGUACAGGGGUUUCUAUUCCGUGCUGCCUUCCUUCGACGCGUGCCAUUAUUUUUCAGGCUGAUAUCUGAAAAUAUCCUAUUAUGUUUUCUCCUAUCCACUAUUCAUUCUACUUCAAAGUAUGUAACUGGGACAUUAAGUCUGUGUUUCAGAAGAAUAUUGACUAAACGUAUCCAUUCACAUUAUUUUGAGAACAUGGCUUACUAUAAGAUAUCACAUGUUGAUGGUCGGAUUACUAAUCCUGAACAACGAAUUGCAAGUGAUGUGCCAAGAUUUUGUUCAGAGUUGAGUGAACUGGUACAGGAAGACCUGACAGCAGUUACUGAUGGCCUUCUCUAUACUUGGCGCCUGUGCUCUUAUGCUAGCCCAAAAUAUAUUUUUUGGAUAUUGGCCUAUGUGUUGGGAGCAGGGACCAUGAUUAGAAACUUUUCUCCUGCUUUUGGGAAACUGAUGUCAAAAGAACAACAGUUGGAAGGUGAAUAUCGGCAGCUUCAUUCACGUUUAAGGACCCAUGCUGAAAGUAUAGCAUUCUAUGGUGGAGAACGUAGAGAGGAAUCACAUAUUCAGCAGAAAUUUAAGGAUCUUGUAAGACACAUGAGAAUUGUUCUUCAUGACCAUUGGUGGUUUGGCAUGAUUCAAGAUUUUUUGGUGAAGUAUCUUGGUGCUACAGUCGCAGUUGUAUUGAUUAUAGAGCCCUUUUUUGCUGGCAAUCUUAGACCUGAUGCCUCUACUUUGGGAAGGGCAACAAUGUUAAGCAACUUAAGAUAUCACACCAGUGUUAUUAUAUCACUAUUUCAGUCCUUGGGAACUCUUUCUAUAAGUUCAAGACGACUCAAUCGUCUCAGUGGUUAUGCUGAUCGCAUUCAUGAGUUAAUAGUAAUAUCAAGAGAGCUAAACUGUGAAGAUAAAACAUCUCUACAAAGAAGUGGAAGUAGGAACUACUUCAGUGAAGCUGAUUAUGUGGAGUUUUCUAAGGUCAAGGUUGUUACCCCAACUCGUAAUGUUUUGGUGGAAGAUCUGACUCUUAAAGUUGAAUCAGGAUCUAAUCUGUUAAUUACAGGUCCAAAUGGUAGUGGUAAGAGUUCACUCUUCCGAGUUCUAGGUGGCCUCUGGCCUUUGGUGUCUGGCCAUAUUGUGAAACCUGGUGUUGGUUCUGAUCUUAAUAAGGAGAUUUUCUAUGUGCCACAAAGGCCAUAUACAGCUGUAGGCACACUUCGUGAUCAGUUAAUUUAUCCUCUCACUGUGGACCAGGAGGUUGAACCACUAACACAGAGUGGAAUGUUGGAGCUCUUGAAAAAUGUUGAUCUUGAGUAUCUGUUAGACCGUUAUCCACCUGAGCAGGAGGUAAAUUGGGGUGAGGAAUUGUCUUUGGGAGAGCAACAAAGGUUAGGCAUGGCCAGACUAUUCUACCACAAGCCUAAAUUUGCAAUUCUAGAUGAGUGCACCAGUGCAGUGACUACUGACAUGGAGGAACGAUUUUGUGCUAAAGUUAGAGCUAUGGGAACUUCAUGUAUAACCAUAUCACACCGUCCAGCUCUAGUUGCGUUUCAUGAUGUUGUUCUGUCCUUGGAUGGAGAAGGGGGCUGGCAAGUUAGUUACAAAAGGAGGGAUUCUGCUGCCCUGACUGAACCUGGGACCAAUGACACAAGCGCUUGUGAGACUGAACGCAAGAGUGAUGCAAUGUUAGUUCAACGUGCAUUUUCCACCUCUAAUAAGGAUUCUGCAUUCUCAAAUUCAAAGGCGCAAUCAUAUAUUUCAGAGGUUAUAGUGGCAUUUCACGGUGCAGAUCCUGGUCUUCAAUUGCCAAUUGUCCCACAACUCCAAAGGGCUCCAAGGGCAUUGGCAUUGAGAGUAGCAGCCAUGUCUAAAAUACUGGUACCAACUGUGCUUGAUAAACAAGGGGCACACUUACUUGCAGUUGCUUUUCUUGUUGUCUCAAGAACAUGGGUCUCAGAUCGGAUUGCCUCGUUGAAUGGCACCACUGUAAAGUUUGUUUUGGAGCAGGAUAAGACAUCCUUUAUUCGAUUAAUUGGUGUUAGUAUUCUUCAAAGUGCUGCAUCCUCUAUCAUUGCACCUUCACUAAGGCACUUGACCGCCAGGUUGGCUCUUGGAUGGAGAAUCCGAUUGACGCAGCAUCUACUGAGGAGCUAUUUGAGAAACAAUGCGUUCUACAAGGUCUUCCAUUUGUCGAGCAAAAAUAUUGAUGCAGAUCAAAGGAUAACUGAUGAUCUUGAAAAGCUGACCAGAGACUUGUCUGGAUUAGUAACCGGAAUGGUGAAGCCAUCAGUAGACAUCUUGUGGUUCACCUGGAGAAUGAAGCUGUUAACAGGUCGGAGGGGGGUUGCCAUAUUGUAUGCUUAUAUGCUGCUUGGUCUGGGUUUUCUGAGAACUGUAACCCCCGACUUCGGUGAUCUUGCAAGUCGAGAGCAACAACUUGAAGGCACUUUUAGGUUCAUGCAUGAAAGACUGCGUACACAUGCCGAGUCUGUUGCUUUCUUUGGAGGCGGUGCAAGAGAGAAAGCAAUGAUUGAGUCAAGAUUCAGGGAAUUGCUUGACCAUUCUUUGUUACUUCUAAAGAAGAAAUGGUUAUACGGUAUCCUAGAUGAUUUUGUCACAAAACAACUCCCACAUAAUGUGACUUGGGGUUUGAGCUUGUUGUAUGCCAUGGAACACAAGGGCGACCGGGCUCAGAUUUCAACUCAAGGUGAGCUGGCACAUGCAUUGCGGUUCUUAGCCUCUGUAGUAUCUCAGAGCUUUUUAGCAUUUGGAGACAUUCUUGAACUGCAUAAAAAGUUCCUUGAGCUCUCUGGCAGUAUAAAUAGAAUUUUUGAGUUGGAAGAGCUUCUGGAUGCUGCUCAGUCUGGGGAUUGGUUGACUGAAAAACUAUCUCCAUUUAAGGAGAGUGAUAGUGAUGGGCAAGAUGCCAUUUCCUUUGUGGAUGUUGAUAUCAUUACACCUGCACAGAAAUUGUUGGCCAGGCAGUUGAGAUGUGACGUAGUACAAGGAAAAAGCUUGCUUGUUACAGGUCCAAAUGGAAGUGGGAAAAGUUCUGUUUUCAGAGUCCUUCGUGGUCUUUGGCCCAUUGUGAGUGGCAGACUUUCCAAACCAGCACAUUCUAAUGAAGAUAGUGAAUAUGGUUGUGGCAUCUUCUAUGUUCCUCAACGACCAUACACAUGCUUAGGAACCUUGAGAGAUCAAAUUAUAUAUCCUCUCUCUCGUGAUGAAGCAGUGCGCAUGACAUUAAAGCUGCAUGGUAGAGGUAAAAUAUCUGGUGACACCACAAAGCUUCUGGAUACACGUUUGAAAGCAAUUCUGGAGAAUGUUCGACUGAACUAUCUUCUGGAAAGGGAGGAAGGUGGUUGGGAUGCUAAUUUGAAUUGGGAAGACAUUCUCUCUCUUGGAGAACAACAGAGAUUAGGCAUGGCACGCCUAUUCUUCCACAAGCCUAAAUUUGGCAUUCUCGACGAGUGUACCAAUGCCACGAGCGUUGAUGUUGAAGAACAACUUUAUAGGCUUGCUACUGAUAUGAACAUCACAUUUGUUACAUCCUCACAGCGUCCUGCUCUAAUACCAUUCCAUUCUGUGGAAUUACGGCUUAUUGAUGGUGAGGGUAAUUGGGAGCUUCGUACAAUAAAGCAAUCACUUGACAGUGAUCAUUUAUUGAGUUAAGCCGAGUGCCAGUCAGAAUAUAUAUACAUACAUAUAUAUUAUGCAUAUUUGGAGAAGUUGUUUUGCUUGAUGCACGAGUACCAUCGAGUGAAUUCAACAACUGUGUUAUCAGUAUUAUGUAGGAUCUGAACAUUUUGAUCAUAUUAGUACCUCGCAUACGAGAGCAUAGGAUGAAAAGAAAAGCCGAUUGCAUAAGCAGCAUCUCCAGAAUCAGUUAAAUGAUAAGCAUACAGAAAUGUCAUGUAGCAUAGUGAAACUGUAUAGGUUUAUUAUUUUUUCUUCUUUCCUUCGGGAAAUAUUAUGACCAUGAUGUUGUAAGAAUUGAAUUCGUUAUUAUUUGAAUGAAUAAAAUUGCAGGAACAGGAUAGUUUUUCGCAGUA